AUGUUAGAUCAAGGUAUUAUCUCACCAUCGGCAAGUCCAUGGACAUCAUCCGUUAUAUUAGCACCGAAAAAAGACGGUAGUCUACGUUUUUGUGUCGAUUACCGGAAAUUAAAUUCAGUAACAAUUCCUGAUGCAUACCAAUUUUCAAGAAUAGAUGAUACACUAGAUUCAUUUCAAGAAGCGAAAUUUGUAUCAACAUUUGAUUUACGAUCCGGAUACUGGCAAGGGUCGAAACUUUGGGACCACCGUUUAUUAGCUAGUCUCAAGUGGCAGUGCUGCCUCGCAUACAUCGAUGAUGUGGUAAUAUUUUCACCAACAUUUGAACAACAUGUUAUAGGUUUAGAAAAAGUUUUUCAAGCUCUUCGAUCGGCAAAUCUCACUUUGAAAGCAUCAAAAUGUCAAUUUUGCCGUCGAGAAAUGCGAUAUUUGGGACAUAUUAUUACACAAAAUGGCAUUAAACUAGACCCAGAUCCAAUUAAAUCAGUCAGAAAUUUCCCGCAACUAAAAAAGAUCAAAGAUGUGCAAUCAUUCCUUGGAUUAACCGGCUACUAUCGUCAAUUCAUCAAAGAUUAUUCAAAAAUUGCUGAACCACUGCUACAACAACUACGAAAUUCUCAAAAAGGCAAUCAUCAUUUAAAUUGGUCGAGAAAAUGUACUGACGCAUUUGAAACAUUAAAAAAACGAUUAACAAACGCUCCAAUAAUGAACACACCGAAUUUUGAACAAUCAUUUAUACUGGAACUCGAUACGUGUGAAUAUGGUGUAGAAGCAGUAUUAACACAAGAAUAG